UCCACUGUACAGCAACUAACACAGAACCUACCCCAUCAGGAAUAUACAGGUAGCAGGGAAAAGACAUGAUGGGUUUUCUCUUCUCAUUACUUUUUGCCCUUACUCUUCUGAGAGAGAGCCAGGGUCUGACAAUUGCUGAUUGUGGAGACAGCUACAGGCGCCCAGAAAAGACAGACAUCUUUGUGACCUGUGGAGCCAGUACGAUUGAUCUAGCAAUAUUUGUCUGCCCGGUGAUGUUCUCCGGCUAUAACGAAUCUCUCCUGGCACUGAACAGUCGCUUUCAAGACCCAAGCUGCAAAGGAACGUUGGAUGCCACAGUCACACCUCCGCUGCUCAGAUUCCAGUUUCCCAUCAAUGAAAACUCUUCCUGUGGAAGCGUCUUCAAGAUAACAAGCGCAAUGGGAACAGGAAUCUUCCAGGACUUCUCAAAUAUCCAGACAAUAAACAUCAGCGGCAUCAUCCGAACAACCGAUCCUUCAGUUGGCAUUGUGACAUACAACGAGGACCUUGUGUACCUUUACUCCUGCACCUACCCACUGGAGUACCUUAUUAACAAUACCAAGAUAGAUGUGAGUGGGUCCUCUAUAGCAAUGAAGGACAACAAUGGAAGCUUCAUCAGCACUCUGAGCCUCCAGCUUUUUAAAGAUGUAAACUACACGUCAGCACUUCAGAUUCCACCAACAGGACUUGUUCUAAAGACCAAUAUUUAUGUGCAAGUCAAGGCCACUAAUUUAACAAGCAGGUUCAACGUUCUGCUUGAUCGCUGCUAUGCUUCCACUUCUCAAUUUCCCAGCAACUCAACCUACUUUGAUCUGUUUGUUACCUGUUCAGGAGACAAAAGGACAACAAUCAUUGUAAACGGUGACACCCAGUAUGCAAGGUUCAGCUUCCCUGCUUUCCGCUUCACUGAGCAGCAGAAUUUGACGGUCUCUACCUACUAUUUACACUGCAUCACCCGGCUCUGUGACAGUAGCUUCUGCAAAGACUUCAAGCAAUGCGGCAAAAGGAGGAGACGUGAUGUGGAAGCAACCCCUUCCCCCACAGUGCUCACUGAACCCACCACCAUCUCUUCAGGACCGAUCAUCACCAGCACCGAGAGCGUGCUGUCCAAAGAAGAAGGUCAUUGGAAUUCACCCAGGGCCAGCGCCAGGGGACAUGAAGAAUGCGACUGCACCCGGGCCCGGCCUCUGCUGGGGCCCAUUCCAUGA